AAACGGUGUAGUCGACAUCCGCAUUGUUUUGUUUUAUUUUCUACGCGGCUUUUUCAUGUCUCCAGUAUCACAUUCGCACAUGUACACAACGAUUAUAAACAAGUUUGAAUCGUAAUCUCUAUUUAAAACGAUUAGGUUGAAGUAGGUGUUGAUAUUAAUGUGAUUAUACCUGUAAGUGCAGCUUUGGUACUGAUCGGUAAAGGACAUAUUGUUUGUUCAGAAAUGGAUAUUAAUAUGGAUGGCUUCGUGGUGCCAAAUAUACAGGCUUGGUUUCGGCAAAACAGCUUCAUGUGUACACCGGAUAAUGGAUUACUUUAUCUCUCACGGGUUGAUAUUAACUACAUUGCCCCGCUUGCCAGCGGUCAGCUCCCGAAGUUUCGCAUUGUCAACGCCAAAACGAUGAUCAAAUCGUUGGCUUGCUCUCCGGACUGGACCGAGCGCCGAGAAUUUGCAACCUACGACGAACAACAUACGGUUCAGGUUUGGGAUCUUGACAAAGGAGAAUCGAUAAAAGGUCACAAAGGCCAUCAGCAAUGGAUACCAUCGCGUCCGGAGAAAAACAACGAAGUCAGUUCUGCCAUAUGCUAUGUCCACGAGCAGAAAAUAAUUUCGGUCGAACAUUCGAUUUUGAUCGUCUACUGCUUACUUACCAAUAGCUAUAAAGCGUAUCCGGAUUUUUUCUUUCAAAACAACAUAAUUGUUGCUCUUUCACCGUGUCCUUACGACCGUGAUAUCUUUGCUGCCGGACUGAAGAAUGGCUUAGUGAAGAUUGUUUCGCUCAAGAAUAUGUCAGUGCUGCACAAUCUGCGCGGUCACGAUAGAGAGAUCGUAUCGAUCGAAUGGAUGAGGGUUCCGGUGCGAUCGCAACCUCCGGUGGACAACUGGAGAGGCGAGGAGCGGCCGAAGAAAGAAGCUCGUAAGAAAAAGGACAAGAAAGUCGAGGAAACACCAAAGAAACCCGACUCGAACUCUACACCCGCAGUGGACACAUCGGAUAUAUUCGAUAUUUAUGAUUACAACGAGCAGGAAGAAGAGUUUGGAACAAUCGUGGACCACGUUACGUCGAGCUAUGAUAAGCAGGAUCGUUUUCGGGAUAAAGUUCAUACAACGGAGGGUUUCAAUUUUCUGGAGGCGUGUCAAAAUUUGAAAGAAGAUAUUAUUAAAGCGAAACUGGAAGACGAGGCGGACGAAGACCACAGUCAACGCGAUGUUGACGAGACGGAGGGAGCGCACACGUUGAAUUCGGAUGAAGAAAAUGAGUUGGAAUAUGCGGAUAAACUGAAAGAUUUUAUCAUUAUUGACGGUGAAGGAAAGGAGGAACCGAAAAGUGACUCCGAGGACGAAUCGGAGGACGAACAAAAGGAGACAGGAACACCGCGGAUAGUGCUGGCAACUACGAGUCGGGAGAAUGUCAUUCAUUUUUGGAACUUCGACAGUGGAGUGGCCAUCGAUAGGGUAACUCUGCCGAACAAUCAAGUGAGUCGACGCCUUUGCCCGGGAACAUUUAUUACCGCGGUUUGGCUGGAUGACUCGAGAAUAGUAGCAAAUAGUAUUACCGGAAACGUGUUUGAGUGGAAAGUUUCAUUCUACUUUCGGGGACCCUCCAUCAAAAUGGUGGCAAAACGAAGUUCCAAGUUGUUUCCGGUAGAUGCCACCGUUUUCGUUAUUCGCUCUUUGGGUCCCAUUGCUGAUUAUGAUCCAAAAAUGACUUACAUUUGGUGUCAGUCGCUCAAUCGGAAGUUAGUGGCUGUUUCCACUUCGGAAAAACCGGAAAUCGUGGCCGAUCUGACCUGUCUGGCCAUCGGGAAUACAUGUGUCAUUGAAAACCCAAUGGAAUCGACCGUGCUGGCCAUCGGUUGUCCUGACAGAAGACUGGUUACCAUGAACCUGGCAAGCAUGGCCUAUAACGAGGUUAUCUGUGUGCCUUUCAUGAACAAAAUUUGCUGCAAAGUAACCGCACUGGAUUGGCAUCCGGAGCGGGAAAACAUAAUUGCGUUCGGAACGUCCGAGGGAAGAAUCGGUAUGCUGGAUACAAACAAUCAGAUUAACGUACCGGUCCUGCUGCCGUCGUUCCUUUCGACCGAUGUGUACAGCCUUAGAUGGAGUGAAAUUACCGAUGAGAUGCGGGUGCGGCAGACGGUGCUGUUUGCGACCGGUAAAAGCAAGAUGGCGUACUACAAGAUGAAACCCGGAAAGCACGAGCUCGUCGAGAUACAUCAGUUUGGUAUGGUUUCGGGUGUAUCGGCUUCGGAGCAGUACCUGUUCGUGGGCACCCAGGAUGGGUUUGUUUACGUUAGUGAUCUCCACAAGAAUCUUACGCAGUUGUACCGUCGAAGCAUCACGCGUCGCUACAUCACUUCAAUGCAAUUCAAGGACAACGUUUUGGCGGUGGCAUCGAAUGAAAACAGUAUUCGGUUGAUUGAUUUCAGCAGUGCGAUUGAUGAUAAAGUUGAUGAUAAUAUUCGACUGUUGGAAGGCCACAGCAAAGGAGUUUGCUGUGUGCGCUGGGGUUACGGCGAUAGCAAACUGCUGGUGUCCGGUGGAUUCGACUGCACUUUUCGAGUGUGGGAAACGACUAGUUCCAGCUGUUUGGCGAUAUACAACAGUGUGGAUGCAGUGUUUUGCGCCAUUUUUUCGCCGGUGAACGAAGAUGUUAUUAUUUUCACCGGAAAAGGAACAACAUUGGCUUUCGUCGACUACACCAAGCUUCCCUCGAUAGCCGAACCUACGGUUAAAAAAUCAAAGCAGUUGAAAACAUGGGGGGUUAAUUCCGAGGCCGGUCAAAUUAAAAAGAAAGGCAGAGAAAGAAUACGCGUUGCUAAAUGCACUGAACAACUUGAUUCACUUCGACUUUCAGGCGACAAUCCGACUGAGAAGGUGGAGACGACCUCCGGUUAUGAAGAAAGUAAAGAACCGCCUAAACCGGUGACAUCCGUUGCUCAGGUGGACGAACUAGCAGAUCAGUUGAAGGAGAUUAAGUUCAAAGAGAUCAAAUCAACUCAACUGAAGACCAACGUUCCAACGACGUUCCAUUUGGCCACUCGGGAGUUCAAUAAGCCUACCAAGGUGCUUGAGUGCAUCAUCAGAGUGGCUAAUUUCAAAGAACCAACCGACGAAGACGGCGAUCAGGACGAAGACGAUGGCGUAGUUCAAACAAAAGCAGACGAUAAGUCUGACGAACCGCUGUAUUUCAACGAGAAACUGUUCACAACAGAGGAACAUCUUCGGCAGUUGAUAGCGGAAGAAACCAAAAAUCAUCACGAGGCUCGAACAUCAUCCAUCGGGACGAUUCUUCUGCCGCAGAUCGGCUUUCGAUUGAAGGACGAGAUUCUGGAGAGGAUCGCAUCCAGAACGCUAACGGAUCAGCUCGUGGCUCUGGCUCCGUCAAUUUCCUAUGAAUUCUGGCGGAAAUGUUGCGAAGCGUACGCGUACCAGUUUCUUGAAAAACAAUACACUUUGGCGUCCAUUCCAUACUUUUUGGCAGGUCACAAGAUAACCGAAGCCAUCGAGCACCUGUGCAAGCACAAGUUCUUCCGCGAGGCGUGGGCCAUCUGCAAACUGCGCAAGGCCGACGAUGAUCCGAUUCUCGAGGUGGUGUCUACCGAAUGGGCUCAGUAUUUGGAAAGUGUCGGAAACUUGGAAGGAGCAGCUCUUGUCUGGACUGCUUCGAAACAGUACCAAAAUGCCGUGGCCGUUUUAUCCAAGCGGAAGGAGUUAACCGAAGAUAUUCAACGUGCCAUCGACGAGCUAAACAGGAAGCUACAGGAGGCUGCGGAGUAACCGAAUUUUUUUAUUAUUUUGUUAUGCUUAUUUUACAUUAAAUUUACGAUGCUUUAACGUGCCCGAUGGUUUCACGGGUAACAAUCCUGAACAAAUAAACUUGAACUAAA